AUAUAUUGUGCCAAUAAUUAGCUAUCAUUAUUCCGUUUAUUUGAAUAUAAUUUCGUCGAUCAAAAUCGACACUGUUAUUGUCAUGUGAAGUGUAUGAAAUAAUUAAAUGUAGCUGAUUUUAUCAGUCGACCUUAAAUGCAAAAGGCAUGCUUAGUUGGAAUAACUGUUAUGAUUUAUUUAAACUUAAGUUUUACCGAACUUCGAGACCACUUAAUCCUUUGGGAUGCCAGUAAUUGGAGGUUUAAAAGAAACCAUAAUGAAAUCUAUGCCAACGAAGGUGAUAAUCUUAUUUUUAUCUGUCCACCAAACCGAACAUUUUCUCAAAAUCUCUACUGGACAGAUGAUCCCCGUGUACAAUUGGAAUGUAACGAAACAUUGCCCAUAAAGGUUGUCAAACUUCUGGAUUGUUUCGAUGACAGUUCAGUGUCAGAAUUCGUACUUAAAGUUAGCAAAUUUCCAGAAAUAGCAUUACUUCCAAGUUUUCAUCAAAAUUUUCCUGUACAUUUUGUCGCUCAAUCCGUUAUAUGUCAAAAUAAUAAUUUCCGUUUGAGUGUCAAGCUGGCUACAGCAAAUGUGACUGCAACAUCUAACACACUUUCACCAAACUCAAUAUCAUCUAUCAAAAAGUCCCAGUCGAUAAGUUCUAGUGAAAAAAUUUAUAUUAGCUCACAGAAACCAUUUAUAAAUCAACCUAAAGUUCAAGAAAUAAAGCCUACACCAAACACAUCUUCAGCUGAAUAUGUCGGGCGUGAAUUGACAAAUACUAGAAGUACAGACUGGGUGGAGUAUCGAUUUCUACUUUUACCUGCGAUACUGGCAUUUUUCACAUUGAUUGGCAUGCAGAUUGUUCUUUGUAGCUUUUGGCUACCUAAUUCAAUCACGGAUAAAAUCUUCGCAUUUUUUGGCAAGUGUAGGUAUAAAAAAGAAUCAAAGCUACGAACGAAUCAUGAAAUUAUUCAUAAAGAUGAAAUAAAAAAUGGUGAUAACAUGGAUCAGAUUUUAAAAAUUUAUUCUUCUGAAGAUUUUAUGGUUACAGCGCAACCACAACAAUAUUCAUGUUGGUCUGUAUUAACUUCGGAAUCAGUUCAUUCUAACAAAGAUCAGAUGUCAAAACAAUCCUAUUCCAGUACUGACUGCUUAAUGGUCCCGAAAAAAAUAACAGGAAGUUGUGUAUUGACGAAUCACUAUAGUCAAUCUCGAUGCCAUGACCACCAAUCUCAGCGCGAAACCAAGUCACCACCGAAAGACUUAGCAGAAAAUUCAGGUGAACCAAUCAUUUUACAUGAAGCAACAGCUAUAUGCAACUGCAUUAUUCAUGCAGAUACUGACAAAAUUUUUAAUAAUCCAAGAAAUAUGUCAAAUUUAUUGAAUUGAGAAUUAAGCAGUCAAGAAAAUUGAAACUGUCAUCAAGCCAUUCCAAAACCGAUUUGCUACCAUCCAUGCCUUUUUUUCUACUCAUUCUACUCUCUUUUGCUUCCUGUAUGUUCAUGUAAGCGGACACCUUAGACCCCUCACUAAACACUAAAAAACAAAAUUAAUCAAAUGAACAUUUCCAUCUGUAUACACUGAAGUGAGGAUUAAGACGAAAUGUUCGUUUCAUGACCCACUUCCAAUGGAUGAAUGUAAAGUUAGCACAAGAAAGUUGCUGUGAAUAACUAUUCAAAUUUUCGUUGCUACAAGGUUCAUCUCUGUAAUAUUUAUUUGCGUGUUUGUAUAUUUUCUUCCAUAAAUCUACUUUUUUUACUACGGGGGGAAAUAUAAAAUUUACUGCAUGAAAUAUGUUCGUGAAAAGUUAUUAUUC